GUCAAUAAACUACUUUUAAACAAAAGAUAUAAAAAAUUCUAAACAAAUGUUAAAAUGUAGAAAGACUCUUCCUUUUGUGUUUAUUUUUCUUUUUCAAUUUUUCUCUUUCUUAAGUAAUUUUUUUCAAUGUAACCUUUCCCUCGCUGGUUAUUUAUUUCUCUUUCCCUUUCUGCGUGUGUAGUGCAUUUUGUGCAGUGUGCGAUUGAAGUGUGGUGAUCCUUUACUUCUGAAGUAGUAAAGCAAAGGGAAUGGGAAUGGUGGUGGCAGUGACGGUUACAGUAACGGCAAUGGUAAUGGAGAUGGUGGGAGGAGGGAGUUGGUGCGUGGCAAAGAUUGGAGUGAGCGAGGAGGUACUGCAGAGAGCAUUGGACUCUGCAUGUGGAGAUGGCGGAGCCGAUUGCGCUCCCAUUCAGUCCAACAACCUUUGCUUCUUUCCCAACACCCUUCAAGCUCACGCUUCCUACGCCUUCAACAGCUUUUACCAGCGAAACGGAAGAGCUUCUAACGCCUGCCUCUUCGAUGGCGCUUCCACCAUCGCCCAAACAGAUCCCAGCUAUGGAUCUUGCGUGUACCCGUCCUCUGCAAUCACAACUCCAACAGCCAGUACUGCUGAAGUUACAAAUACAACAGUGCCAACACCUUCCUCAACAACAACUACUCCAAUCCAAGGCGGGGAAGGCGGGGAUGUUGCAGGAGUGAACCCUCAAAUCCCUCAAAAUUCUACCCCAACUUCAAACACAAUAUCCUCAUCUUUUUUACACUUUCUUCUCAUUCUGUUUUUAGGAGACACUUUUUUUGUAGUGUAGUGAUGCAACUACAUGUACAUUGUGUUAGUCAUAUCCAUUGUUUUCAUUCUCAUGUCGGAAGUUAGAAGACCCAGGUUGUAUUGAGAUUGAAUAUAUAAUUUCUAGAGCUUUAAUUUAA